GAUCACUAAAGGGGCAAACCAAAAAUAUUGAGACAUUAAAUCCAGAAGAAGAAAGAUGGCGGUAAUGGAGAGAUUGAAAAUGUUCGUAGUACAAGAGCCUGUAGUGGCUGCUUCAUGUCUAAUCACUGGUUUUGGCCUUUUCCUUCCUGCAUUUGUUAGGCCAAUGCUUGAUUCCUUUGAAUCAUCAAAGCAAGUCCCUCUACCUGCUCCAAGUGAUGUGGUUACUGGUAUAACUGGGAAGAAACAAGGGUAACCUCCCGGUCAGGUUUUCUCAUUAAAAAGCCUAUUGUACUCUUAUUUACACCCCUUUUUUUGUUCAUUCUGAUCAGAAAACAAAAUAAGAUCUUCAUUUGUGUGUAACUAUUAAUGAUUUUGUAUUGGAGCUGUUUGAAUUCAGAAACUGCCUUCAUUUUAUUAGCCAGUAAAUGCAAUGUAAGAGGCUUUUCAUCA